CGUUCAUCUCAUCUUUCUCUCUCUCCGCUCGUUCUCUCUCCUGCCCGCUGUCGCCGUCAUGUCGUCCACUCUCCUUUCUGCUGCUCUCGCCGCCGCUCUUUUCGCGACCGCCAGCGUCCGUGCUGAAACCCACACCAUAACGUUCAUCAACCAGUGCGGCUACGGAACUCCCCAACUCAUCCAGGGUGCGAACAUCCUGUCUACCGGAGAGCCCUACGUCUCCAAUGGUCCCUUCGACUCUGCCAUCUCUUACUUGCAGACCGGUGGAUGCGGCUUCAAUGGCGAAGACUGCACCCUCCUGGAGAUGACCAUCGCCAACGCCGUCGUCGCCGGCGGCGGCCCGUCCGCCGACAUCAGUCUGAUCUCCCCGCACUCGUUCAGUGUGUGGUCGUCCUUUGCCUACUACGGCGCAUCCGGCGGCUGCGACUACACCGGUGCCAACUGUGCCGCGGCCAACUGUCCCCAAGCGUUUUACUACUCGGACGAGACGCAGGUUCAGGUUGCCUGCCAGGAAGACGACAUCAACCUCCUGAUUGCGUUCUGUGCCGACGCGACCACCAUCGACCCGAGCAGCAUCGGCUCCAGCUCGGCCCCCGUGCCCCCGUCCUCGUCGUACGUCGCCCCCACCUCGACUUACGUCGCGCCGACCACGUCCUACACGCCCACCUCGACCUACGUCCCCCCAACGUCUUCGUACGUCGCUCCCUCGUCCUCCGCGGUGCCCUCGUCCUCGUUCUCGUCCUCGAGCGCCAGUGCCAGUGCCAGCGCCAGCGCAGCGGCGCGCUGCCCUAACCGCAAGCGCUCCCUGCAGGCUAAGCGGGAGUCGAAUGCCACCGGGGAGCUCGAGAAGCGGGUUGCGCUCGAGAAUCACCGCCGCCACGCCCGCGCGCACGGUGGCUCGCUGUACUAAGGUGCGUGCGUGCAAUGCCCCGGCUGGCCGCGCGUACGCCUGCCCAACGGACGUGAUACUUCCCUGAUGUUUAACGUUAUUCUUCAUUCUUUCACUCCUCGCCUACAUCAUCCGGUGUGAGCGUGACGCCUCGAUUUCUGUUUGUGCACCGGGGGCCGUAUACGAAUAUUCCCUGGUCCUCCGGCGAGUGUGUUCGUAAAUGCCGCGCC